AGGGGAGGAGUCGCAGAACUGGAGCAGGGGAAGCCGGGGUAGGGGUAGACCGGGCCUGAUUCAUAGGAGUUUUAGUUUUUAGAGAAACCCGGUUACGAAUCAGUGAAACCUACCCAGCACAAGGCGUUACACUCCUGCAAGCCCAAGCUGAAGGGAACGUGCAAUAGAAUUCCAGUUUAAACAGAUGCUUCUCUUAUUUAUUUAGCUUAUUAGUGAUUUUACCGGUUAGCCUAUGUUUUCUGGGCUGGUGUCCAUUUUAUUGUCACAGUAUUAAUAUUUACUCAUUUUUGAAAAGUUGUAUCCCUCUUGAUCUCGUAUUUUGGUACAACCUGCUUCUUAAUUAGGAAGAUAAAAGUGUCAGAUUAUAAGCUUGAGAGCCUCUCUAACUGUAGCUGACUUUAUAUAAAAGUACAUCUACAACUGAUUGUGCUCAAGGCCAGGGCACUCCUCUCCUUUUGUUUGUCAAUAAUGAAGCUUAAGGAAAUAGACCGAACAGCAAUGCAAGCCUGGAGCCCUGCACAGCAUCAUCCCAUAUACCUGGCAACAGGAACAUCAGCUCAGCAACUAGAUGCCACAUUUAGCACAAAUGCAUCUUUGGAAAUCUUUGAAUUGGACUUGGCAGACCAGUCACUGGAUAUGAAAUCAUGUGCUACCUUCUCUUCCUCUCAUAGGUACCAUAAACUGAUUUGGGGACCACACAGGAUGGAAUCGGAUGAAAAUAUUUCUGGUGUUCUUGUUGCUGGAGGGGAGAAUGGAAAUGUCAUUCUUUAUGACCCAGCUAAAAUUAUAGCUGGGGACAGUGAAGUUGUGAUCGCCCAGCAAGAUAAACAUACAGGACCAGUCAGAGCUUUGGAUAUAAACGGCUUCCAGACAAAUCUAGUAGCCUCUGGUGCCAAUGAGUCUGAAAUCUAUAUUUGGGAUCUUAAUAACUUUGCAGUUCCCAUGACGCCAGGUGCUAAAUCGCAGCCUUUGGAAGACAUCAGCUGCAUUGCAUGGAACAGACAGGUUCAACACAUUUUGGCUUCUACCAGCCCCAGUGGACGAGCCACAGUGUGGGAUCUCCGGAAAAAUGAGCCAAUUCUCAAAGUCAGCGAUCAUAGCAACAGAAUGCACUGUUCGGGCAUGGCUUGGCAUCCGGAUGUUGCAACCCAAAUGGUCCUGUCAUCUGAAGAUGACCGCCUUCCUGUUAUUCAAAUGUGGGACCUUCGAUUUGCUUCCUCUCCACUGCGGGUCAUGGAAAUGCAUACAAGGGGUAUUUUGGCCAUUGCUUGGAGCAUGGCAGAUCCAGAACUGCUGCUCAGUUGUGGGAAGGAUUCAAGAAUUCUUUGCUCCAAUCCCAACACAGGAGAGAUUUUGUAUGAGCUGCCAACAAACACUCAAUGGUGUUUUGAUAUCCAGUGGUGCCCCAGGAAUCCAGCUGUGCUUUCCGCAGCUUCCUUUGAUGGACGUAUCAGUAUUUACUCCAUCAUGGGUGGGGGCAAUGACAAUCUCAGUCAGAAGCAGGCUGACCAGCUUUCUUCUUCAUUUGGGAAUCUUGAUCCAUUUGGGACAGGACAUCCGCUUCCCCCAUUGCAGCUUCCACAACAGCCCACACAGCAGAGCACUGUCAUUCCUUUGAAGAAGCCUCCAAAGUGGCUGCGUCGUCCAGUUGGAGCCUCCUUUUCUUUUGGAGGGAAGCUUGUGACAUUUGAAGCUUUGAAAUCGCAAUCGGCACAGCCGCAGCACCCACAGGCCGUGCAGCAGCACUACCAAGUGUACAUCAGCCAAGUGGUGACAGAACAAGAGUUUCUCAGCCGCUCUAACCAGCUUCAGGAUGUUGUCAGCACAGGGGCUUUUGCUGAUUACUGUCAGAAGAAAAUUGAAGAGGCCAAAACGGAUUUUGACAAGAAUGUUUGGUCCUUCCUGAAGGUUAAUUUUGAAAAUGAUUCUCGUGGCAAAUAUCUUGAGCUUCUGGGAUUCCGAAAAGAAGAUCUUAGAGAAAAAAUAGCAUCAGUUUUAAGCAACACAAAUGCAGGCGAUAAGGAGCCUGAGGUUUUGAAAGAAACUGAUCAAGCAAGUGAAAGUGAUGAGGAAGGAAAUCAGGCAGCUGAAGAUCUGUUCUUGGGGGAGCAACCUUCAAAUUUGGAUAAAGCAGUUAAUGUUCGUCCUGUUGAUAAAGGUGAAAAGUUAAGCAUUUCAGUAAGUGGAGAUGUGGAUGGACUCAUCACACAGGCUCUGCUAACUGGUAACUUUGAAAGCGCUGUGGAACUCUGCCUUCACGAUAACCGCAUGGCUGAUGCUAUCAUACUUGCCAUAGCCGGAGGCCCGGAUCUUCUGGAUAAAACACAAAGAAAAUACUUUGCAAAGACCCAGAGCAAAAUAACAAGGCUGAUCACCGCUGUAGUGACCAAUAACUGGAAUGAGAUUGUUCAGUCAUGUGCUCUUAACAACUGGAGGGAAGCCCUGGCUGCAGUGUUGACCUAUGCCAAGCCAGACGAGUUUGCAUCUUUAUGUGAUCGUUUAGGAUCUAGACUGGAGAAUGAGGGAGAUGUCCUGCUGCAAGCCCAGGCUUGUCUGUGCUACAUUUGUGCAGGCAAUGUAGAAAAACUGGUAGCCUGCUGGACCAAAGCUCAAGAUGGCGCAAGUUCCUUGUCCUUACAGGAUCUUAUAGAGAAGGUAGUAAUUCUCCGUAAGGCUGUACAAAAUACACAAGCAGUGGAGACGGCUGAUGUGGGAGCACUGCUAGCUGAGAAGAUGAGUCAGUAUGCCAACCUACUUGCAGCUCAGGGCAGUCUUGCAGCUGCUAUGGCAUUCUUACCCACUAGCACCAACCAGAUAAAUAUUGUGCAGUUAAGGGACAGGCUGCGCAGGGCGCAAGGAGAAGAAAACAUGGUUCCUACUGCUGGCGUAACUACCAGUGUUGGAUCAAGAACCGUACCCCAGCAUUUGCCAACUCGCAUGAUGCCAGGCUCAGACACACAGUAUUAUCCACAGGCUAGAAUUGCCCCUACUGUCACUUCUUGGAGUAACAAAACCCCUACUGCCCUUUCCAGCUUUGAGACUGCUGCCUCCUCAAUUGAUACACAGAGGGAUGGUGCUCCACCUCCUGGUUUUAAUAUCCCUGGAACAGUUUAUCCAUGUGCUCCAAAUAACACAGCCCCACCACCAGUAUCCGGAAAUCCUGCUUACAACAUUAACUCCCAGAUGGGUCCUCGCCAGCCUUAUCCACAAACUUAUCCACAAUCACAGCAGUAUUCUUAUGGCUCUGGGGGACCAGCUGUCUAUCAGCCCCAACCAACUAGUGUUCCUUCUGCUUCUCCUUACCACAACCCUUCGUAUGCUGCCUCUUCCCACUCUGCUUCUCAGCCGCUCUACCCUGGGCAGUCUCAGCCUACUCCUGUGCCAUCGUCUUCUUCUUCCUCCUCUUUUCCUUCUCCUACUGGAGCAUCCUUCCAGCAUGGCGGACCAGGAGCUCCAGCUACCUCUGCUCCUUAUCCACUUCCUCCUACUGGACCUACAGGUACUCUGCCUGCUGCCAGUGAUCUGCCUGCAUCCCAGAGAACAGAAUAUCCCUCUGCUCAAGAUAUGGCGAAUUAUCUGCAAGGACCUCAGAAUGGAUGGAAUGACCCACCUGCGCUUAGUAGAGCUUCAAAGAAAAAGGUUCUUGAGAAUUAUGUACCUCCUCCCCCGAUCACAGCUCCUAUAAUGAACCCAUUGGCAGAUCCAAGGUCUCAGCAGCAACCCAAUCCAGUAUCUGGUGCGCCAGUGGCUUCUGUACCCUUCCAGCCAUCCCCUUUGCCAACAGUUCAACCAGGCACACAGAAUCCGUUUCCAAACAUGCAACAGCACAUCGGACAACCAGGAGUACCACUAGAUUCUUCAAAGCCCAGUAUGGAAGGUGCUCCUGGGGCACCCAUUGGAAAUGCCAUACAGGCUAUGCACACUCUGCCUGCUGAGAAGAUCACCAAGAAUCCUAUUCCUGAAGAGCACCUUAUUCUCAAGAGCACAUUUGAAGCUCUUAUUCAAAGAUGUCUCUCUUCUGCUACUGAUCCACAAACAAAGAGGAAACUUGAUGAUGCAAAUAAACGUCUAGAAUCACUGUAUGACAAGCUUAGAGAGCAAACUCUAUCCCCUGCAAUUAUCACUGGUUUACACAAUAUUGCCAGAAGUAUUGAACUACGAAACUACAUGGAAGGUUUGAAUAUCCAUACUCACAUUGUGAGCACCAGCAAUUUCAGCGAGACUUCUGCUUUUAUGCCAGUACUCAAAGUAGUCCUUACCCAGGCAAACAAGCUUGGAGUGUGAAAGUUCCAUUCAUAGACUAUUUUUUUUUUUUCACAGCGAGGAAUUGCGUACCCCUGCACCUUGUUAAAGACUAAGGACCAAGAACAAGCAUGUUUUUAAUUUUCUAGGAUUUAAAAAUCAGUGACUUUAAUUCAUACUGAAAAAACUAUGAAUAUCUCUUAUUUUAUUUAAGAAAUCACUAUGUUUUAUCCUUGCAUCAAUAUGUCUCCAAAUAUCAUUUUUGGAUUAUUUGCAGCAUGCCAAUAUUCCAGGGGCCCAUAUCUUGCUAUUCUUACACGAUACAUAUAUAUAUAAAUAUAUUUUAAUUUAGGGCUCACAUUUUAGUAAACUAUAAUGUAGUGGGCAAAGUCAAUCUUUGUUGCCAAAUUGUCAUCUAAAAUAAAGUAUGUGAUCCUAUAUCAGAGUAGUUAACAAUUUCCUUGGUUUUAGUUUGGUAUUUGUUAUCCAACCAAGAGUUUCACAUUCUAUUGCAGAUUUCACAGGUGAGAUAUCUUUUUAAACUUCCAAAUUCAAAACCUCAGAUGUAGGAAGGUGCAAUAUUCAUUAAUAUAGAGAGGUUGAAGGCUUUCUAAUAAAAUGUGUAAAUCUUUUGUAAACCAUAUCAGCCUCUCUUACCAACUACAAUACAGUUAAAGUAUAAAGUUUAAUGCUAAUCUGUGACAUUUUAUGAAAUAUAGGUUAAAAAUGAAAUAUAAGAUCUUGUGGUUUAAUCAUUUUCAAAUAAACAUCAGUAAAAAUGUGUAAA